AUGGAUGUUAUAAUUUUGCUUUUUAUAGCUGCUAUCAUUAUAACAGCAGUGUUUUUUUUAACUAUUUUUCGUAACAAGAGUUUAAAUAAAAAUGUUAGCAAUGAAAAUACUACUUCAAGUGAAAAUGCAGGACAGCCAAAUACCAGAAGAAGAGCAUUGGCUGCUGCACGUCAUGCCAGAACCAGACAAAGAAUCGAGGAAGAUGUAGAAGAUGAAGAUGAUAAUGAUACUGAAACUCCAGCAAUGAAUGUGCCUGAUGCAAAAAUUGGAACUAAAAAACUGGCCAAGUUGCAAGCUAAAGCUGAAAAAAAAGCUCAAAGAGAGGCUGAAGAAAAAAUUCGACAAGAAAAAAAGAAAGCACAAGAACUUGCAGAUGAAGAAAGAAAAAAGAAAGAAUUGGCACAACAAGAAGAAGAAAGAAAAAAAGAAGAAGCAGAAAAAAGACUUAGGGAAGAAAAAGAAAGAAAAGAACAUGAGGAAUAUUUGAAAUUAAAAGAAGCUUUUUCAGUACAAGAAGAAGGUUUCGAAGAAACAGAAGAUAAUGAAAAUCUUCUACAAGAUUUUGUUAAUUACAUAAAACAAAACAAAAUAGUUAUCCUUGAAGAUAUUGCUGCUCAAUUUAAAUUAAAAACUCAGGAUGCAAUAAACAGAAUUAACGAUUUGCAAAGUGAAGGUCAACUAACAGGAGUUAUUGAUGACAGAGGAAAAUUUAUUUAUAUAUCGCAGGAAGAAUUAGAUGCAGUAGCUAAGUUUGUUAAACAAAGAGGAAGAGUUUCUAUUUCAGAGCUUGUUGAAAACAGUAAUAGACUUAUAAAUUUAUCACCAGUAGGAUGUUCCUGA